CCAAUCCAGGUCACCAAAUUGGCAGUACGGUACGGAGUAACUUACGGAGUACUCCUCAGGUAACCUACUCCGUUCCCACCUAUGUAUGGGCCACGGCAUGUGCGUGACAUCGGAGCAUGAUUAAACGAGUAGGCGGUCGAAUUUUCUACCAAUUUUGCCUCAUGUCCACCAGUUUCAGAUUUCUCCUCCACAUAAUGCGCCGGGUGUAACAUUUUUCAUUUAUCCUUAUGACCAUCGCAUGAAGUCAUUCCUCACAGCAGAAUUUUCAGUUUCUUCCAACUGCAAAUCCAUGUGGUGCAGAUAACGCAUAGCACAAUACGUCCCGGACAAAUAUUGCAAGCAGAGGAGGAUCCCAUUCGGCUGAAAAACGGUCUUGAUCUAGCAAAUGGGUCUUGCCGCACCCCGAAAGAAAUCUAAGAUCUCGCAUGAUCCCAAUAAUACGAAUUGGUCCCGCUCAACGACUGGCUUCGGGCACAAGAUUCUCAGUUCUCAGGGAUGGACACCGGGUGGCUUCCUAGGUGCACGAAACGCUGCACAUGCUGAUUUAUUCACCACCGCAAGUGCAUCUCAUAUUCGGGUCGUCGUCAAAGAUGAUACACUUGGCCUUGGUGCACGACCGAAACGGGACGCAUUAGAUGAGCCCACUGGACUUGACGCUUUCAGAGGGUUGCUGGGACGCUUGAAUGGCAAGUCAGAUGCAGAGCUAGGGAUCGAGGAGAGGAAGCGGGAGAAUGCGAAGUUGGCUAGAUACGCGGCCAGCAGAUGGCAAGCGGUCAAUUUUAUAAGUGGUGGAUAUCUGGUUCAGGAAAAGACCGAUGUCCCUGCUUCGGAGCAGCCAACCCAAACCCAGUCAGACACGGAGAAGCUCAACCCUAACAAGGGUACUUUAGAGGCUCAGAUACGCCCGAAAACGACUGAACCUUUAGAUUUUGAGGCCUUAUCAAUCGAUCGUCAAGGUCAACACGAGGGCAGUCCAAAGCAAAAGUCGGAAAUCCAGGCCUCUCGUAAGAAGAAGUCCAAGAAACGAAAGAAGGAUGAAAAGCAAGAAGAGGAAGACAUGGAACAUAAAAAGAAAGAGCUGAGGGAUACGAAAGACAAGUCCUAUUCCGGUUCAUCGGAGGAAGUUGAUACACCAAAAGUCAACCCUAUGUCGUCAAGGGAACGCCGUCCGAUGGGUAGGCAUAUCUUCAGAAGUCGACAUAUUGCACAGAAAAAGAGAGCCCUUCUCGAUGAAAAAUCUUUGAAUGAGGUAAGAAGUUAGCUCUCUGAUGUGGUCAUCUGUGCUAACUCAAGAA